UUCACUCGAGCAUCCAUGACUUCAUCAAAACAUUACGACGCGAACUAUUCACUUUUGCAAUGGGGUCUUAACGUUACAAGCACAUAACCGGGGAAGUCAAGCAAGAAGUGAAUUCGCCUCUCUGCGUGUGUGGGGUUUUGUGCAACCUCGGGCAUAGCCAUACAGUACGCCUGACUAAAACCUUCGUUAUCAGCUAAGGGGGGAGGGUGUACCACAAGUCUAACGGGAGGGUGGAAGGAAACACCCACUUCAAAUGCUGCCAAAGGGAAAAUGGACGUUUUGAAUAGGGUAACGUGACAAGUGAUAGGGGAUAAAGAGAACUGUUGGAUAGAAAAAGAAACAAUCAGGAGAAAACACCUAGAAUGAGCAGCAAAAGAACCGAGGACGGCUGCAUCGCAUUCGUUACUCUAUUAAACAAGGAGGGCCUACUGGCCCUAUGCAGCGUCUGUUCUGUGUCGCUUUUACAUAUGUCUGAUUUUAGUAGCCAUCAUAUGUAAAGUAGAUUUUAGGAAUGUUUGCCCACCUAAGGACCACUCUACAGUACUGACCCACACAUAACAACAAUAAGGUCAGUUCUGAGUGACUCUGAGUAAAAAUUGGUCCCCGUCUACGGUCUACUCAUAGUCCUUGGGCCCUCCUCUUUCUCCUCCCUACACUCUUCUCGACCAGUUAAGAAGAUCUAGCUACAUCCUCUCCGCCCCUAAGGUGGCCAAUAUUGCUGCUGCUGAGCCUGACUCUAGCCAUCCAAGGUCCUAGUGCUCUUAGUCUGUUUAUGUUUACCUUCAUUGCGAAAGAGCCUAAGUCUACCUAAUACUCCACUCUCGCAUAGCGGUCAUCAAGCCUGUUUACCUUACUGUAAAAGAAGAGUCUUGUCUACCUAAUAUUCCACACUCACAUAGCGGUCACAACCCUCUCACAUAGUCGGGGCGCAUUCUGUACUACAGGGUUUGUAAGCUGCUACCGAAAGCCACCGCCCGCUCUCGCUAAUUUAACUCAUUUGCUGCGACAGAGUUGAAGAGUGAUGGGCAGGUGAUGGAGGGUCGCAUGGGGCCCAUCAGUCCCCACUUGGUCAUCACUACAUUAGCUAAUCAGACCCAUGGUGGUUAUCAAUUUUGAUAGAAGGGAGAAACCAAUAGUAAAAGGAAGAAACCAAAAAGUGUGCACUACUUCUUCAUAAUGCUCUGCAAUAACCUCUUACCGGAGAGGAUAGAGCCAGUCACAGGAUGCAUUGAGUGUGCAGCCAUACUCUCUUUUUCUGCAGCUUUUUGCUGCACAGAGUAAAGCUUUGUGCAAGUGUAGAACGUUCUACAAGCAGCACAAUGGAGCCUCCAAACCCACAGUAUACCAAGGCACUGAUAUGCUGGAAAAAAAGGGUUCGUUUAGAAUACAUGCGACUGCAACAGUUGAAGCGUUUUCAGGCCAAUGCUUCAGCAACGUCUCUGUAUGUUGAAAAUUUUGCAAAAGUCCAAGAGAGGGUAAACCUAAUAAAUGAAGAAUGGAAAAAACUGAGAGUGCAGCCAGCUCAAAUGAUAAAGCCUUGUAAUGGAUUUCCUUUCUUAAAGCAGUGCACAGUUGAAAGUUCCUUCCCAGAGUUUGCCAUCCAAAACGUAUCCAUGAGGUCCCUUAACUCUGUGGCACUUGUUCCUAUCAUGUAUUCUUGGUCUCCCCUGCAGCAAAACUUCAUGGUGGAGGAUGAGACGGUUCUGUGCAACAUACCCUACAUGGGAGAUGCAGCCAAAGAGGAAGAUGAAACCUUUAUUGAGGAACUGAUUAAUAAUUAUGAUGGGAAGGUCCACGGGGAAGAAGAUUUAGAUUCUCCUACUGUGUUAUCAAGCCCUCGGUUACAUGACCGUGAACGAGUUUUCCGGUAUGGACAGUCCUUCUCCGCAGGUCGCAACAGUACACUUAAAACAGGUUCUGGGUUGCUAGAUGACACGUCAUUCCUGGAGUUAGUAGAAGCUCUUCAUCAGUUCACAGAUGAAGAACAGAGUGGGCACACUGAGCAAGCAGGCAGCAAGGGUGAAGAAGGGAAAGGAGAAGGGCCCAUGACUAGGAAGAGGAAGAGAAUUGCCACAGAAGGCGAGUUACAGGGAAAUCCAGGAGGCAUUUCCACUUCAGCAAAAGGACAGCCAGAGGUGCGAACAGAUGUAGAAGAAGGAACUCACGCUCAGGUUAAGACACAAGUCAACAAGAGAGUCUGCAAAAACCACCUGUCAAGUGACCUAAUAUUCCAUGCAAUAUCUGCCGUAUUCCCAGAGAGGGGAUUCCCAGAAGAGGUGAAGGAAAGGUACAAGGAGCUGACGGAAGCAUCAGAUCCCAAUGCUUUGCCACCCCAAUGCACUCCCAACAUUGACGGGCCCUGUGCUAAAUCUGUACAGCGGGAACAGUCCCUGCACUCCUUCCACACACUGUUCUGCCGCCGCUGCUUCAAAUACGACUGUUUCCUUCACCCUUUUCAUGCAAGUCCUAAUGUAUGUAGGAGGAGGAGCCAAGAAAUUAAAAUUGAGACGGAGCCUUGUGGAAGUCACUGUUUUUUGUUGUUGGAUGGGGCCAAAGAAUAUGCCAUGCUGAACAAUCCUAGAUCCAAGUGCUUAGGUAGACGUCGAAGAAAGAACACAUCAGCUACAUCCUCCUGCACUAACUCAGCAUCCACUUCCACUGUGACUGAAACGAGAGAGGGGGAUAGUGAUAGAGACACUGGCAAUGAUUGUGCUUCUAGCUCUUCAGAAGCAAAUUCACGCUGCCAGACACCUACCAAGCAGAAGCAGAGCAGCUCGAGCGGGGAGCUUCAAGAAGUAGAGGAGUCCAAUGAGCCAGUGGAGUGGUCUGGGGCUGAAGAGUCACUUUUUAGAGUCUUUCAAGGAACUUACUUCAAUAACUUUUGCUCCAUAGCUCAGCUUAUGGGAACUAAGUUGUGCAAACAGGUUUUCCAAUUUGCUGUAAAAGAUUCAUUGAUUCUGAAAGUACCAACCAAGGAACUAAUGACUACUGCUCAAAAAAAGAAGAGAAAGCACAGGUUAUGGGCUGCACACUGCAGAAAGAUCCAGUUAAAGAAAGAUAAUUCUGCUAACCAGGUGUACAAUUACCAGCCAUGUGACCAUCCAGAUCAUCCCUGUGACAGCACUUGUCCCUGCAUCAUGACGCAGAAUUUCUGUGAAAAAUUUUGCCAGUGCAACCCAGAUUGUCAGAACCGCUUCCCUGGGUGCCGCUGUAAAACGCAAUGUAACACCAAGCAGUGUCCUUGCUACUUAGCCGUCAGAGAGUGUGAUCCUGACCUUUGCUUAACUUGUGGGGCAUCUGAGCACUGGGAAUCCAAGGUCGUCUCAUGCAAAAACUGUAGCAUCCAGAGAGGACUAAAGAAGCACCUACUACUGGCCCCUUCAGAUGUUGCUGGUUGGGGUACCUUCAUCAAAGAAUCUGUCCAGAAGAAUGAAUUCAUCUCAGAAUAUUGUGGUGAGCUUAUUUCACAGGAUGAAGCUGACAGGAGAGGAAAAGUGUACGACAAAUACAUGUCCAGUUUUCUUUUCAAUCUGAACAAUGAUUUUGUUGUUGAUGCAACUCGGAAAGGAAACAAAAUCCGCUUUGCAAAUCAUUCUGUGAACCCUAAUUGCUAUGCUAAAGUGGUUAUGGUGAAUGGAGACCACCGCAUCGGUAUCUUUGCCAAAAGAGCCAUCCAGGCAGGGGAGGAAUUAUUCUUUGACUACAGGUACAGCCAGGCAGAUGCCCUAAAGUAUGUUGGCAUCGAAAGAGAGACAGAUAUCAUCUAGCUUCCAUCCAGUGGCCUGCACUUUGUCCUGCAUUUUGUAAUGAUUCUAGGGCUGCAACAACUAAUCGGUACCAGCUGCUUCACUCCAAUCAACUCCUUCACAUGGUAUUGUGGUAUUCAUUUUUUUAUAUUUUUUCCAUCCGAUUAAUCGGAUAAAAAUCAGCUGAUUAAUCGGAUAGAAACAAAUUAAUAAAUACCUUAUUUUGCACAAUACCAUGUGGAGUGAAGCAGCUGGUGCCGUGCAACUGACCAACUAAUCGCAGACCAUCUAAUCGCAACUUUUUUUAUUACCAAUUUUACAGAUUAGUUGUUGCAGCCCUAAAUGAUUCUGUAUUGAGUUUAAUCCUCUCACACCAAAUUGAAUUGUUUCAUACACAGAGCACAAAAAUGAAAGCCCAGGAGGACAUGACCUUCAUGGAUCUGGCAUCUAGCAUCUUGAAAAACAUUUUACUAUGCCAGUUGUUACAUUUCGUCCAGUUCCAUUGCACUAAGUCUUAUAUGUCUGUUAUACUUUGCAACAGAAAAAAAAUCCUUGCCUGUGCACUAGGAAAACUGACAUUAUCAUCAACAGAAUUUGAACAAAGCAAUAUGCGUCAAAUGUAUGUGGUUUUAAAAUACUCUCUGUUCACACAAGAUUGUCCUAUUCUAUGAUCUUUCUUGAAAUGUAGCAGCAUGUCUCUUUGGGAGAUAGUAUUCAUGUGCAUCCACUUGUGAUUGUGAUCAUUGUGGUAAUAUGUCAUUCAAAACCAAGGCAGUGUUAUCCAAAUGAUAGAAUACACACAGUUAUUGCUUUUUAAUUCUCCAAAAUACAUGGCAAACAGUACCCAUCUAUAACUAUCAUAGCAAUAAAGGUAUUUAUGUUUAAUUUGAAAACACUACUUUAAACAUUGUUUUUCCUCAACCAUGUUAUUUAAUUUGAAUGAACUAACUAUUACAGAGAGUAAGGCACUUCAUAAGUUCUGGUUCCGUUUAGUUAGCUCUUGAGAUAAACAUUGGUCCAAAUAUUAAUUACAAAAGUGAAAAUGUUGUUAGAAUUUCACUCCUUCCUCAUAAAUAAUGUAAUUGUUAACAAAAAUUGUUGUGAAUAUGUUUGAUUUUCUAAGUGAAAUUGUACCUGUGUUUUAAACAGUUGUCUAUAGAAAAGAAACUAUAUAAUAUAAAUGUAGAAAUCCAUAUGAAUUAUUAACAUGCAUGGUUGUAUAUUACUAUUGAUGUAAACAGUGUGUUACAGCUAAUAAUGUAUGUACUUUUAAGAGAAUAUAUCUAUAUAUGUAUUUUAUUUUUAACUGGGCAGUAAAGUCAAAAUUUAACUUAAAUGGAUUGUAUAGAGCACAUUUGUAAACUUUCCAAUGUAAUUCUAUUAUCAAAUUUGCUUAGUUCCCUUGCUAUACUUUUUAAAAAAGUAAUCCUAGGUGAUUUCAGGAACGUGCACGUGUCUUUAGCCAUCAGUUAGCAUUGUUUGCAACAUUGAUUAUAAAUUGUUAUGUAUUGUUGCAAACACGUUCACCAUAGAAGGCUAAAGACGCUCUUGAGCUCCUAUCAGCCUACCUGGGUUUACUCUUCAAAAGAAUAGAAAAGACUGCACUUUCCAAAGUAAUAAAUAGCUAAUAAUAAUAGAAAUAAAUUGGAAAGUUGUUUAAAAUAUUAUGCUCUGAAUCAGUUUAAAGGGACAGUCAAGUCAAAAUUAAACUUUCAUGAUACAGAUAGAGCACACAAUUUUAAACAUCUUUCCAAUUCCAUUAUCUAAAUGUGCACAAUCUUUUUAAAUGCACACUUUCUGUAUGGAAUAAGAUUUCUGUCAAAAAUGGCAAGCGUGUGUGAUUCUUUACCUUUGUAUAUACAUUUUGACAUACAAAUCUAAAUUUUCAAAUACAAUUAUUUAUUUAUUUUUUGGAAAUACAUUUUUUUUUUAGAAUACAAAUCUUUAGUUACAAAUUCAACUCUUUAUUUUUUUUUAAUUACACUUCCAGUAUGUGUCAAAACAGUGUAAAAAAUAAAUCUAGUUCCCAUUUUGCUGAAGGACCUGUAAGGUCACAGCAUUCACUUCUGUAUGUGCCAGGGAAGUAGCUGUUCUUUUGCUUUCAAUUAAAUGUGGAGAACUGGCUGACAAUUCCAGCACAUCAUCAUCUCAGGUAAAAAAUGUAACAUUUAUCAUGUAACAUACAACAUGGCUGAACAUGCCCAAAGUGCUUUUUCUACCUUGUUUUAUAAUAAUAAUAAUAAUAAUGAACUUAAGGAUAUUGAUUUUGAUGAUUUAAUCACAGCUUUUAUAUUAGCAGCUUUUCUUCUCCACAUUUCAUUGAAAGCAAAAGAGCAGCUACUUCCCAAGCAAACAAAGUGAAUGCUGUGACAUCACAAGUCAUUUAGCAAAAUGGGAACUAGAUUUAUUUUUUACACUGUUUUGACAAAUACGGGAAUUGUACUUCCAAAGAAAAAAUCAUAUUGUAUUUCCAAAACACAAGUGUAUUUCCAAAAAAUAAGAUUGUACUUCCAAAAAACAAAAUUGAACUUCCAAAAAAAAUAAUUGUAUUUGUUAUUAAAGAUUUGUAUUCUAAAAAUAAAAUUGUAUUUCCAAAAAAAAAUUGUAUUUGAAAAUUUAGAUUUUUAUUUCUUUGUAUGUACAAGUUAUGUACACACACUUGCAUUUUUGACAGCAAUCUUAUUCCAUAUUUCUGUAGCACCAGCUCCUACUGAGCACGUGUAAGAUUUACAGAUUAUACGUAUAUGCAUUGUGUGAUUGGCUGAUGGCUGUCACAUGAUGCAAUAGGAAGGAAAAGUGAACUAACCUUGACAUCUACUACUCAUUUGAAAUUCAAACUAAGUGUUUUUGCAUUGUCUUUUUAUUAUGCAUGUAUUAAUUAUGCAAAUCUACUGUGUUAAGUGAUCCUUUAUUUUGACUUUACUAUCCCUUUAAUGUAGUAAUUUUGUUAUAUAUAAGCAUAUGAUAAUGUGAUAUGUUUGUGUUUAUUGCUGAGCUGUCAGCCUAAAGUGCCACCUACAUGGCAAGUUUUCAUGAUCAGAUUAUCAGCUUAGUUACACCUUAUUGCAAGUAAUAAUAAUCAUAACACAAAAUAUGUGUUGUUUUAGGAAUGUAACAAUGACUUGAUCUUUUUAAACAUAAAUAAACUUCCUUUAUAUGA